GUGACAAAAACAGCUUCGCCUUUCACAUGUCAGCUCUUCCCCUUAUCGCCUUUCAUUGCUCAUAUGCUCUCCGCCUGGAGCUCAUGCUGAUACCGGAUAUCUAGACGACGGGGCAACUGUUUCGCCUCAUUUCGCCUGUUUUUCAUCCCAUUUCCCGCAGUCAGGAAUGACCGCCGCGCGCCGUGGAAGCCCGCAUUCGAGGAGGUAAUGUAUCCCCGGAUAGUGGCAUGAGACGGAGCCGGUCAUUCCUCUGGUUUCACGAAAGGAGCGGCAGGCUUAAGACUCCCCCCACCCCGGUUCCCCCAUCUCCGGCCUUCACAUCACCGAGCACCCGCCACCAGCCGUUGAAUCCUCGCGGACGGAGGGAGCGGGAGACCCGGUGAGAGAGAGGCCACCAUGUCGCGCGACGGCUGCGGGAAGGAUGACUUGCUGGAGGAUAACCGCACAGACUCGGGUAUUGACUCGUACCGCUCCAUACUGAAGUCAGAGGAGCCCCGGGAGCCGAGCACGGACUUCAGCGGGCCCCGGGACAAGUUAUCCGCCACCGGCGAGGAGCGCCUGGAUUCAGCCUACGCCUCCUCGUCCCUGACGGUGGAGAGUCUGUCAGACAUAGUGGGGGUCUGUUCACUGUCCAGCCCCAGAGAGGAGCAAGAAGAAGAAGAAGACAGCAGGGAGGAGGAGUGUGGACAGGACGACAACCCCCUCACUAUUAUCACUGAGGACGGAGACACAAUCCUUCACUUAGCGAUCAUCCAUGAAGAAGAACGCAUAGCUCAACGUUUGAUAGAGAUAUUCCCGAAAGAAGUCCUGGACAUCCAAAACAACUUGUACCAGAGCCCUUUGCAUCUGGCCACGUACCUGAACCUGACAGAGGUGGUGAAAGGCCUGGUGGAGAAGGGAGCCAGUCUACAGCUGCAGGACCACGACGGGAACACAGCGCUGCAUGUGGCCUGCCAGCACGGACAGACCCAAUGCGUCAGUCACAUGACCCAAAAUGUCUCCCCGAGCAAACUGGCACCGGUUCUCGAGACCCAGAACUGGAGAGGUCUCACUUGUCUUCAUUUGGCUGCACUGAACAGGCAGCAUCAGAUUAUGAAGCUCCUGAUGAAAAUGGACGCGGAGCUGAAUAUCCAGGAAGGUACGAGUGGGAAAACGGCUCUUCAUCUCGCUGUUGAGAUGCAUGACAUUACAUCAGUGAAGCUGCUGCUCAGCAAAGGAGCCAGUGUGGACGCUGCCAUGUUUAACGGCUGCACGCCGCUGCACCUCGCGGUCGGAAGGCAGGACGCCACCAUCGCUAACCUGCUCUGCCAGUCUGGAGCUGACAUGAUGCUCCGAAACAUGGAGGAUGAAACGGCACUGGAUCUGGCUGAUGGCAAUGAUGAUAUUUUGGCUUUAUUUCCAUUCGAUGACAUCCAGAUCUCUGGGCGAUCGGUGGUUGGUGUGAAUUUUUGAGCUCUGUGACGUGGAAUCUCGACUUCAUCUAGAGUCUCACUGCAUUUGUAACGUUGCAUAGAAAGCUGUAUUUGAGCUAAGGUUUUCAUUAAUAGUGUCUCUAUUUGUAGUACAUUCUGAUUUUACUGGUAUUUAUCUUUUAGCUAGACAAAUAUGCACACCAUAAGGAUCGUACUUCCCUCUUUAAAAGAGAGUGAUUCUUCUUUGUUGACCUGUACUUGAGAAAUGGUUUAAAAAAACAAACAAAAAAACAAUGUUUCUGGGUUAACGGCUCAGUUAUUUUGCUUAUUUUUGCGUGGUUGUGAGUGCCAAACUGUCUAUCCACAAGCU